GCCGGGACCGGCCCAUCCCAUCCCAGCCCUGCCGAGCUCCGGUGCUGCUGCCGCUGACUGGGCCCCGGCCCUGCCGGCAGGAUGCAGGACCCAGAUAAAGACACAGAGUGGAAUGACAUCCUGCGCAAGAAAGGUAUCCUUCCUCCAAAAGAAAACGUGGAGGAACAGGAGCGUGCAAAGGAAGAGGAGCAGCUUGCCAUCCUUCAGAAGUCUCUUGUGAAGACUUAUGAGGACAUGACUCUGGAAGAGCUGGAAGAGAAUGAAGAUGAAUUUAAUGAGGAAGAUGAGAAAGCUAUUGAAAUGUACAGGCAGCAAAGGCUAGCAGAAAUGAAAGCAGCACAAAUGAAGAAUAAAUUUGGGGAAGUUUUGGAGAUUUCGGGAAAAGAUUACAUUCAAGAAGUUACGAAGGCUGGAAAAGAUAUAUGGGUAGUUCUGCACCUCUAUAAGCAAGGGAUUCCACUCUGUGCCUUAAUAAAUCAACAUAUGAGCGGGCUUGCAAGAAAGUUCAGAGAUGUGAAAUUCAUCAAAGCUAUCUCUACCACCUGCAUUCCCAACUACCCUGAUAAGAACCUGCCUACAAUAUUUGUCUACUUGGAGGGAGAUAUCAAAGCCCAGUUCAUUGGGCCUUUGGUAUUUGGUGGCAUGAACCUGACAAGGGAUGAAUUGGAGUGGAAAAUUUCAGAGUCGGGUGCCAUCAAGACUGACCUUGAGGAGAACCCCAGGAAGCAGAUCCAAGACCAGCUUAUGUCCUCAAUCAGGGCACGUGUCCCAGCCAGGAGCGAGAGUGACUCAGAGGAUGACUAACUUCUGCGGCAGCAUCAAGAUUGAUACAGUACUCUUGAAGCCAGUGUUCCCACCUAGAACACUUGGAGACACUCAAGAUCUCAGCCCCAGAAGAGUAGUAUUUCGAGACAAACACCUAUCUAGAAACUUCUAGAAACUAAAGAAGGUGUUUUGUUUUUUUCUAAAAAGACCAAUUUACUGCAAAUUCACUUAAGAUUGUGAAAGACAUUUUAUAUUAAGAAGCUGAAGUAAAUCUGACUCAAAGUUUUAAAAUACAGACUUCAGUAGAAACAGGUCUCCUGUUAUUAUUUUAUUAGUAAAUUACUGAUUUCUUAAAAAAAAAAAAGGAAAUAUAAGCUGAUCUUAAACAAUUGGUUAUAGCACUUAGUUGGGCCUUGUCUUGGUUUGUCAUGUGUAUAUGUCCAACAGUCUGGACUGUGUGGAAAGUUAGGGAAGGUGAUGCAGGAUGUGGGUGUCACUGAAGUGGCAUGUGGUCCUUUGCAGAGGUGUGCUGUCAGGACGGCCAGCACGAGGCCAUGAGCUGAAACUCCAGACAUCUUGAGAGAGGCCUUGGUGAUGGCCAGCAUCUCCCAGGACCUGCUGAGUCCAGAUCACGCUUUCAUUUAGCAGUGGUAUUUUGCCUUUAAUAGUGGCUAAGUUUCUUGCACCAUCUUACCUGCUAACUGGGGAAAAGGAAUUCAAGAUGGUGAUGCUCAAGAGUGAAACUGCUGACUUCUUCCACAAAUCAGAAAUCCAAUGCGUUACUACAGUAGUGCCAUUGCCAAAUGGGAGAGAAAAUGAUAUUUGACCGUCUGAUGUCUUUCUAUAUUAAAGUCUUCCAUCUUCUAGGUAAUAAUAAUUGAAGCCUUAGAAGAGAAUGAACUGAAAUACCACCUUAAUUAUAGAUCUGCUGACACUCAGAGCUGCUUGCUUAUUUUGGGUUGGGUUUAAUGUCCACCUACACUCUCAAUUUGUCUACACCUGGACUAACAAGCUUCAAGAGCUUUUGCUAACAAGGCUGCCCUAAGGACAUUGAAUUACAUUGCUAAUGGAAUCUGUGGGUGGAUGGUAUUGAAUGUAACAAUAAGCAAUUUUUUAAUAGUGUUGUAUUGGUUCAUAGCAUCUUUAAAGCAUGUUUCCUGCACUCUGUCUUCCCAGUCAACUUAGUCAAAUAACUCUGUUCCUUCAGUUUCAGGUGAAGUUGUAAAAUCCUGGUGGAGAGCUUCCUCUUUGAGAUCUGAGAGGUGUUUUUAGUGACUUAAGUCUUUUUUCUUUUUUUUUUUUGCAAAAUAUUAACAUUGUACAAGUAAGCCAAAUGCAGCAGAAUACAAGCUGAUAAAUCCUGAGUAGUACUGUACAUAGCACCAUGCUUCUCAUGACACUGGACUACCCCAAAUGCUAUCAGACCUGAUGCUUUUCUGUACUUAUAACUUAUUACAGUCUAGGAAGAGGA